AUGCAGGCACCUACGCGCAUAAAGAAGCAGUCAGAAAAGAAGAGCAAAGUCACGGACAAUCUUGAGAAAGACGAGGUUGAGCUGCGGCUUGAGAAGGCACUGUUUGGGGACGAUGCAGGAUUUCUUGAAUCGUUGAAGAGACAAGACGUUACACAUGACAGAUCCUUGGUUCACCUCAAGGACGAUGCAAGUGAAGACUCAGAAGUUGAGGAUGGAGACGGAGGGCUGAGCGAUGUACCCGACGAGGAUCUCUUCUUCCUCGACAGCGGCACAGGUGCCUUGCCUGCAGCUGUGAAGCGAGAACUCGAACAGACUGCGCCCUCGCAAAUAAACGUUGAACGGAAGCAAGCAUGGUAUGACAGCGACGACGACCGCAUCACAGUUUCUCUUGCUUCAAACACUCGCUUACGCAAAUUACGUGAUACCGGAGACGAUGAUAUAGUCAGUGGAAGAGAGUAUAUUGAACGCUUACGGAGGCAAUAUGAAAGACUUCACCCCACACCAGAAUGGGUCACGUACGCGAGAAAGCGGAGGCGAUUGUCGCAAGAUGCGGAAGAGCAGAACGACGACUCGGACUCUGACGUCUCAUUGGCUGACGAGGAUGGCGAGGGUUUGCUUUCUGCGAAACCACUCGCGGACCUGCUUCGCACUGCCGGCUCGCUGACUCGAGCGGGUGUAAGCCCGGGAGCCUCAAAGGGAAAGCGAAAGCUUAGACCUGAAGUCCUCGACAUUCAACGCACCAAGGAUGUCGCUGCGGCCGGCCCAUCCUCGAUUGACAGUCUCCAAUUCCACCCAUGCUACCCUCUACUUCUUUCCUCCGGACCAAGCUCAACCAUCACCCUGUACCAUAUAUCGCCGCAUCCGCCAAACCCGAAUCCGAUUCUCAGCUCACUUCACAUCAAAGGCACGCCGAUCCACACCGCAGAAUUCUGCCACCGCAACGACCAGACACGGAUCUUCUUCUCUUCCCGCCGACGCUACUUCCACACCUGGUCACUCUCGACAGGACAGAUCCAAAAGGUCACGCGCGCCAUGUACGGCACAACCCGACACUCUCAGCGAACGAUGGAACAGUUCAAACUGUCGCCCUGUGGGCGAUGGAUGGGACUUAUCUCAUCAGCGAAAAAGGGCGGCGGCGCGAUCAACGUGCUCUCUACCGCAACUAUGCAAUGGCAGUGCUCAUGUCGGGUGGAUUCACGCGGCGGCGUCGCGGACUUUGCAUGGUGGCGCGACGGCAACGGGUUUGCAGCGGUUGGGAAGAACGGCGAGGUCAGCGAAUACGAUAUCACGCAGCGGAGAGUGGUUCGGCGGUGGAUAGACGACGGCGCCGUCGGCACGACCAUCAUCGCCUUGGGCGGCGAAAUCGGCACCCACGAUGUUUCCUUCCUCGGCGGCAGCCGUUGGGUCGCCCUCGGCUCGAGCAGCGGUGUCGUCAACCUCUACGACCGGCGCAGCUGGAUCGAGACUGAGAAACUCCUACCUGGCGCCACCACUGUAACUGACCACCGGCCCGAACCACUCCGCUCCUUCGAUCAGCUGACAACACCAACUUCACACCUGGAGUUCUCGCCCGAUGGGCAGAUGCUCGUGAUGGCGUCGCGGUGGAAGAAGAACGCGCUGCGGCUGGUGCAUCUGCCCACCGCGACACUGUACCGCAACUGGCCCACCGACAAGACGCCACUCGGCCGCAUCUCCUCGCUCGCCUUGUCCCCCGACGGUGGCUACCUCGCGGUCGCGAACGAGCAGGGGAAAAUUCGGCUGUGGGAGAUUAGGGAGUAA